ACUCUUUCUAAAUUCGAGAAGGUAGGGUUUUGUCAAAACCAUUCCCGGCAGGAGUCGCCGGGCGAUCAGAUUUCCCGAAGAAGAUGGACAGUAGAGAGAUUACUUCUGAGAGUGACCUUGUAAACGAAUAUCUUCAUCAAAUGGAGAGCGAUAAGAAUCUUACCACAUUGUGUUUGAGUAAGAUGAUUGAGGCAAAAGAUAAAUUGCGCCUUGAAUUUGCUGAAGAAACAAAGAAAGUGAAGUCCCGUGCACAAGAGCAAGUACACAAGUUUUUUGAAGAACAGGAGAAGUUAAGAAAUGAAUUUGAGGCAAGUAGGAAAGAACUUGAUUCUUGGAGCAGAAACAUAAACAACGACCAUGAAGCUUUUCAUGAACGAAUGAAGCAGAAAUUGGAUGACGAGAAGCAAAAGGUGUGGCUUAUUUGAAAACUGUAGUAAUUCCUCUUAUUUACAUGCCUUGUUGCUUUCUAUAGAGUGCAAGAAUAACGAAGAUGUUACUUGAAAUGGACAGAAAGGAUGAAAAAUCUGAAUGACACCCUUUUAGAGUCGUUAUGAAACUAGAUGGAGCGCAAAAGGUAUGUAAACAUCAUUCGCCUUCUCAAAUUCAGACAGAUUUUUGCAACUUUAGAACCCUAUUGAUUUUGCUGUGUAUUUUUUGUUCUUAUCCGAGUAUUAAUGAAGAUGAGCAUAUAAAGAAAUGAAUGAAUAUAACCUUAGUGGCA